GCAAAUUUCUGUGUCUCUAUGAGCUUAAAAUAUCGAAAUGAAUUUCUUAUUUGGUCGUAGUGAUGAAAAAAUUAACGAAAAAAAAGAUGGUCCUAUCUAUUAUCACUACACAAGUGGAUCAGCAGCCCAUUCCAUAUCGCGAGAUGGACGAAUUCGGAGUGGAAGGGAUGGAGUUCUGUUGACUACGAUGGCGCCAGAACACCAUUUUCGCCAGGAAAUUUUGUACAACAAUUACGGUGGAAACGUACCAGCUAAUUUACGCAACAGAGCUGAUUAUUGUGUGAGAGUACUCCCUAGCAAAAUGAAAGACAAGAAACUGCAUAAAAUUCAGUAUGAUUCGAGAAGACUGAUCUACGUAUAUGACGAUGAUAUACGAGUGAGUCGAUGUGAUGUUUUCGAUAAGCCGAAGUGUACCAAGCAUGAAGCGACGAAUACAGGAAGUCUGCAACAGUCAUCUUCAACAUCUGCUCCGAAACCCGUCCGUUCCUCUGUUGCCACAAAUGCGGAAUCUGAAGUGGAGGCUUCACCGACAAAGAGUAGACCAAUCAACGAAAUCAGAGUUCAGCUUCGGUGCGAUCUAAACUUGUCACAGUGCCAAGCAAACGAGUACCAAGACGAAAGUGUGACCAUUUUUGCAUUCGAUUGGGUCGAAGAGGGAUUGAAGCUCAUUGGAAAUAUAUUGGAUGAUGAGACACUAGUGAAUGUUGCCGAUUCGAAGAAGUAUUACAUGAAGAAAAUCGACUUUGACCUGAAAGACUUACAGAUUGUCUCUCGAAACGAGUCGUCGAAUACGAGUGGCCUGAUCGAUUUUAGAAAUUACAGUGGAAUCAGCCACGAAUUGAUUUACUCACUGAAAGACCUGAAUAGACAAACUGUGAUUAUAGGCAAGGACCUAGUCACCAACCCCGGUCGAUAUCCUCAAACAGAAUCACAAAGUGAAUCGGUUUACAUCUGCGAUCUCAUUGGCCUUCAAUUCCAACAGAAAUACAACACCGGUCGCCUUGUACUCGUGGGCGAAGAUCUACCGAGGGGAGUUUUGGAUGAUUUCAUCUACACGCGUGUGGUCCAGCAAGAGAAGCCUACAAUUGACAACGUUCGGAGUGACUGCAGUGGUCGUUUCAUUGAAUGUUCUGGCGUUUAUUUUGAUUCUACAGCCUAUGUGAAAUUCGUAGCUCACGAUGUACUGCUAGCGGGUAUUGCUCUUAACCAAAGCGCUACUGAACCGUUAAAUUUUAAAUUCUUGAAAUAUGGCACCGGAUUCUACGCUGGUCCAUUCAGGCACUUGCUUGAUAGAUUUAUAGGACAAGGAGUUGCAGAAGGUUUAGAGAAUCUUCUGAAAAAUCUGCCAGAAAAUCAUCGAAUCAGAGGAAUAGAAUUACCGUACUUUGAUCGAAAUGCUGCUAUCGAUGUCGCAUGUUCCCAGCACAAUCUGGAGUUGAGGUAUGGCAAAGAGGAUGCGCUGAAAAGUACACUAGCGGAAUGUAUAACGGCUACAACUAAUAGUGCCGAUUCUCAUAGUAUGACUGGCAAUAAAAUGGGUUUCGGUAGUGUCGAUGGUGCCAUUGCCGAGAAUCUCUCUGGUAAGGCCAUCAAAUUCUCGCCGAUCAUCAACGGACUGAUGCAAAAACGUUUUGUUUAGCUUUCACUGACUUAUCAAAUUCAUAAAAUAUAAUUUUUUGUUAACCGAGGGCAGAAAAAAGCAAAUUAUAAUAAAAUUGAUGCUUGCGGCUAGAGCGAAGAGGGCCGCAAUUUCGCUUGAGUCACUUAUCACCACUGGGAAGCUGCUUUCACUUACUUCACUCACCCAACCUGAUCAACCCAAUGCUAUUCUUUUCGUGACGUAAUAUGCAGUAACUUUUCAAUGUAGUAAUUUCGGCAUCGUUAGAG